ACAAAAAAUCCCCCGCUAUAAAUAGGCAUGCAAUGCCAUGAACUUAGAAACAUAAGCAAAAACAAGCAUGAUGAAGGUAGCACGUGUGCUUCUCUGUCUGGGAGUUUUGCUAUUCAGCCUUGGAGUUGCAGAGGUUUCAUCAGAUCUCAGGAUUGAAGAAAAUGAAGAUGUAACUCACGUUGAGCAGCUUGUUGUGAGAGGUGCAAACAGAAGGCUGAUGCAAGACAUAGACUGUGGAGGAUUAUGCAAACAGAGGUGCAGCGUUCAUUCUCGGCCAAACUUGUGCAACAGGGCCUGUGGGACCUGCUGUUUGAGAUGCAAAUGUGUGCCGCCUGGUACCUCCGGAAACAGGGAGUUGUGCGGGACUUGCUACACAGAUAUGACCACUCAUGGAAAUAAAACCAAGUGCCCAUGAGGUCCACAAGCAAUGCAGCAAGCUGGCGGGGAACCCAACUGGGGGGUUCCUCUCUGUGUCAUUGUUCGGAGCUUUUUUGUUUUGGUGGACUGCUUUGUUUGGAUGCCAAGAAAAUGAAAAAGUUGGGUGUAGCUUUAGCUGGUUGAUGUGGUUUGUGUCUGCAAUCAUGUGUAUGUUAAUGUAAGUAUGGAUGGAGAAAUGUGAUGAAAUGUUGUUAUCUGUGUGAUCAUUUGAAGGUGAAUGUAUUUGAAAGAUGUGUUUAUUUGUUGUCUUGUUUCAUCUUUGGGAUAACAUAAAACAAAGUUUCAGAUUUUCAACCCAA